AUGACAAUCUGGCAAAAGUAUCUUGGAAAGAACACCCUUAGCACCUUUGUAGUUGCCAUCAAGGACUCUGACUCAAGCCACCACAGGCAAAAGAAACUCAACAAAAACAGAAAAUCACAAGACUGGGAGAUGAGUGCUCAUUUCGAAAAUCCUGAGGACCUGAGUUUGGAUCCCCAGAGAUCACGUGGAAAACCAGGCAUGUUUAGCACAAUCACGUCUAUUAUGUCCUAUAACGGAGGGGCCGUCAUGGCCAUGAAGGGAAAGAACUUUGUGGCCAUCGCAGCGGACAGGCAUUUCGGAAUCCAGGCCCAGAUUGUGACCACAGACUUCCAGAAGAUCUUUCCCAUGGGUGACAGGCUCUACAUAGGCUUGGCCGGGCUAGCCACCGGCGUCCAGACAGUUGCCCAGCGCCUCAAGUUCAGGCUGAACAUGUAUGAGCUGAAGGAAGGUCGGCAGAUCAAGCCCUACACCCUCAUGAGCAUGGUGGCCAACUUCUUGUAUGAGAAAUGGUUUGGUCCCUACUACACAGAGCCUGUCAUUGCCGGGUUGGACACGAAGACCUUUAAGCCCUUCAUUUGCUCUUUAGACCUCAUUGGCUGUCCCAUGGUAACUGACGACUUUGUGGUCAGUGGUACCUGCUCCGAACAAAUGUAUGGGAUGUGCGAGUCUCUCUGGGAGCCCAACAUGGAUCCAGAACACCUGUUUGAGACCAUUUCCCAAGCCAUGCUGAACACCGUGGACCGGAAUGCUGUCUCGGGCAUGGGCGUCAUUGUCCACAUCAUUGAAAAGGACAAGAUCACCACCAGGACACUGAAGGCCCGGAUGGACUAA